AGCAGUGGUGCAAGCCUAUUUGUGUCGAAUGCCAAUCUCACAUUGACUGAUAUCAUGGACACAGGAUUUGUUGCAACAGUGAGGGGUAAUUCCUCUCCAUACCCUACACUCGAGCAGCUGGACCGCAGAACAAAGUCUGGUGGCUCCCCAUUCUUUAUCAAAGCAUCAGAGGCAACAACAUUGGCAAGUGGAGGAGGGAAGCUAUGGCUGGAAGAAAUUGGACCAACUGUUUGCAGAUCUCCAUUAAAUCCUGAUGGCCCAGUCUUUGAACAGUCGUCAAUAACCUCUGAAUCUAUUAACCAAUUUAAUAACUCAAUUGUAGGUGUCUUCUAUGGAGCUAAAGUGUCUACACCAUGUAAGAAAGAGGGCUUGGAGAACUCUGACCCUCUUGUAGAUGUUACCAUCUCAAAGCUGCAAGAUCCAGAAGUGACUCUCAAUGCUGUUGGACAACAGAAAUCUGCCUCGCCAAUGUGGGAAAUUUCUGAAAUAAACUCUGUACUGGAGGAGCCCACUCCUUCCUUAGAUGUCUCAAUCUCUGACUUGAGAUUUCCAUAUGGGUCUAACGAAUCUGAACCUCAAGUUCCUGCUCAUUCAUCCGCUUCUGCUCCCUUUGCUCAGUGGGUAGGGGUGAAGCACAAAGACAUGGGACGCUCCUUCCUUCAACCAUUCUGCUACCAGCGUCAACUGAGUGCAAGUGAGAUCCAAAUUGGUCUUGCCCCUCCACUCUGCUCUUAUCAGAUCUCUGCAGUGGCUCCUGAUAAACCAGGAGAGUGGCAGCUUGAGGUAAAGGGAAUACAGGCGCCCUAA